AUGGCUGGAAAGUCGAAUAAAGGGAGGAACCGUAGAGUGGCACAUAAUGCUGCAAAUUCUUCUGAUGCAGUGGUCCCGACUGAUGCUCCUGUGAAAGAUAACUCAAGCGCUUCAGAGCCCAUCAAAGCUGAUGCUAAUGGUGUUUCUGCUGUGGAAGAAUCAACUGAGGGCAAGCCAGAGGCAAAAGAGUCUGAAACAGAGAAUUCAACCAGCCAACCUAAGCAAGGCGACCUUCAUCUGUAUCCCGUCUCUGUCAAGACACAAAGUGGCGAGAAGCUUGAGCUACAAUUGAACCCGGGAGAUUCUGUUAUGGAUAUAAGACAGUUUCUGCUUGAUGCGCCAGAGACAUGUUUCUUCACAUGCUAUGACUUAUUGCUACACACAAAGGAUGGCUCCACUCAUCAUUUGGAAGACUUUAAUGAAAUUUCAGAAGUUUCUGACAUUACGAUUGGUGGUUGCUCCUUGGAGAUGGUUCCUGCUUUAUAUGAUGAUAGAUCUAUAAGGGCUCAUGUUCAUCGUACACGAGAAUUACUUUCCCUGUCCACACUUCAUGCGUCACUAUCAACAUCACUUGCAUUACAGUAUGAGACAGCACAAAACAAAGUAUCAAGUCCUGGAGAUACCACAAAAACUGAGGUCCCAGAGCUUGAUGGUUUGGGUUUUAUGGAGGAUGUUGCCGGUUCAUUGAGCAAUUUGCUAUCAUCACCCUCGAAAGAGAUCAAAUGUGUGGAGAGUAUUGUGUUUUCAUCCUUCAACCCCCCACCAAGCUAUAGAAGGCUUGUUGGGGAUUUGAUUUAUUUGGAUGUAGUGACAAUGGAGGGUAAUAAACAUUGUAUUACGGGGACUACCAAACUGUUUUAUGUAAAUUCAAGCACCGGGAAUACUCUUGAUCCUCGGCCGAGUAAAAGCAAUUUGGAAGCUACCACACUUGUUGGACUUUUGCAAAAGAUCAGCUCUAAGUUCAAAAAAGCAUUUCGUGAAAUUUUGGAGCGGAGGGCUUCUGCACAUCCUUUCGAAAAUGUUCAAUCUUUAUUGCCACCAAAUUCAUGGCUAGGGUUAUAUCCAGUUCCAGAUCACGAGCGUGAUGCAGCCAGAGCAGAGGAUGCCCUUACUCUCUCCUAUGGUAGUGAGUUAAUUGGCAUGCAAAGGGAUUGGAAUGAGGAGUUGCAAUCUUGUAGGGAAUUUCCACAUACAACUCCUCAGGAAAGAAUUUUGCGGGAUAGGGCUCUUUACAAAGUGACUUCAGACUUCGUUGAUGCAGCUAUGAGUGGUGCUAUUGGAGUCAUUAGCAGAUGCAUACCACCUAUAAAUCCCACUGAUCCAGAGUGCUUCCACAUGUAUGUCCACAAUAAUAUAUUCUUCAGUUUUGCUGUUGAUGCGGACCUUGAGCAGCUGUCUAAGAAACAUGUAGAUUCUAGUUCAAAGAUCGGGAGCACUGGCUCUUUACGCAGUUCUUCUGAGAAGGCUCCUGAUAGCUUGUUGCAUGGAGAGAGUGGAAUUCCCAAUGGGGAAAAAUGCGAUAGAUCAAGUACAAUGGAAUGUCAUGUUGCCAUGGAAUCGGCUCCUGAUGUUUCUGCUGAAACACAAUUGGGUGAAACCGAGCAGGCUACUUAUGCUUCUGCAAAUAAUGAUUUGAAAGGCACCAAGGCAUACCAAGAAGCUGAUGUUUCUGGACUUUAUAAUCUCGCUAUGGCCAUAAUUGAUUACAGGGGACAUAGAGUAGUAGCUCAGAGUGUUUUACCGGGCAUUCUUCAAGGGGAUAAAUCAGACUCUCUUCUAUAUGGUUCUGUUGAUAAUGGAAAGAAGAUAUGCUGGAAUGAAGAGUUCCAUUCCAAAGUGGUGGAAGCUGCUAAACGCCUUCAUCUGAAAGAACACACUGUCCUUGAUGGAUCUGGAAAUGUUUUUAAGUUAGCAGCACCAGUAGAAUGCAAGGGUAUUGUUGGUAGUGAUGACAGGCAUUAUCUCCUUGACUUGAUGAGAGUCCAAGCUGCAGAUAAACCAAAAUGUAAGUCAAGUGAGGGAGAAGGUCACGUCACCAAUGAUUCUCCAAACAUCACCGAUGUUAAAGAGGACAUAACAGAAGAAGGGAAGGACACAGAUGCAGAAGGUGCUUCUCCACCCACCGACAACUCUGAAUCAUGCAAAGGAACUCUUUCCAACCCUGAUGCCUUAACUGAGUUUAAGGUGGCUGGAAGUGAGGAGGACAUAACGGAAAAAGGGAAGGCCACAGAUGCACAAGAAAGUGCUUCCCCACCCACGGACAGCUCUGAAUCAUGUGAGGACAUUCUUUUCAACCCUAAUGUCUUCACUGAGUUUAAGUUGGCGGGAAGUGAGGAGGAGAUUGCAGCAGACGAAGGAAAUGUGAGAAAAGCCAGUUUGUAUCUUACAGAUGUUGUGCUUCCGAAGUUUAUACAAGACCUUUGCACACUUGAAGUAUCACCCAUGGAUGGGCAAACACUAACUGAAGCACUCCAUGCUCAUGGAAUUAAUGUUCGCUAUAUUGGGAAAGUGGCUGAUGGGACCAGACAUUUACCUCAUCUUUGGGAUCUUUGCUCUAAUGAGAUUGUGGUGAGAUCGGCAAAGCACAUUAUCAAGGAUGCCUUGAGAGAAACGGAUGAUCAUGAUAUUGGGCCUGCAAUCUCCCAUUUCUUCAACUGUUUUUUCGGAAGCAGUCAAGCUGUUGGCUCUAAAGUGGCUGCUAAUAGUGUGCAGUCUAGAACCCCCAAAAAAGAACAAACAGGCCAUCAAUCUUCAGGAAAGCUGUCCAAGGGACAAGGAAGAUGGAAGGAUGGAGCAUCUACAAGAAAGAAUCAAUCCUCAUUUAUGCAUGUUAGCUCAGAAACUCUAUGGUCUGACAUUCAAGAAUUUACAAAGCUCAAAUAUCAGUUUGAGCUGCCAGAGGAUGCUAGGACUCGUGUAAAGAAAGAUUCUGUUAUACGUAAUCUUUGUCAGAAGGUGGGCAUUACAAUUGCAGCUCGCAGAUAUGAUCUUAAUUCUGCAGCACCUUUCCAAAUAUCAGAUAUCUUAAAUCUUCAACCUGUAGUGAAACACUCAGUUCCUGUGUGUUCAGAAGCUAAGGAUCUUGUGGAAACAGGAAAGAUCCAACUGGCAGAGGGAAUGCUGAGCGAAGCCUACACAUUAUUUUCUGAAGCAUUUUCGAUACUUCAGCAGGUUACUGGUCCAAUGCAUCGGGAGGUUGCAAACUGCUGUCGGUAUCUUGCCAUGGUCCUAUAUCAUGCAGGAGAUAUGGCGGGAGCCAUAAUGCAACAACACAAGGAACUAAUUAUAAACGAGCGUUGCCUGGGUUUAGACCACCCUGACACUGCUCACAGCUAUGGAAAUAUGGCUCUUUUCUAUCACGGACUUAAUCAGACAGAGCUUGCAUUACGACACAUGUCCAGGGCAUUGCUCCUGCUAAGUUUGUCAUCUGGCCCAGAUCACCCUGAUGUUGCUGCAACCUUCAUUAAUGUCGCUAUGAUGUACCAGGAUCUUGGGAAGAUGGACACUGCCCUUCGAUAUUUGCAAGAGGCUUUGAAAAAGAAUGAGAGACUUCUAGGGGAGGAACAUAUCCAGACUGCUGUAUGCUAUCAUGCACUUGCUAUUGCAUUUAAUUGUAUGGGUGCCUUCAAACUCUCUCACCAGCAUGAGAAGAAAACCUACGAUAUACUUGUGAAACAAUUGGGCGAGGAGGAUUCAAGAACACGUGACUCUCAAAACUGGAUGAAGACAUUUAAGAUGCGUGAGCUACAGAUGAAUGCACAAAAGCAAAAAGGUCAAGCUUUGAAUGCUGCUUCAGCUCAAAAGGCAAUCGACAUCUUGAAGGCCCAUCCUGACUUGAUGCAGGCAUUCCAAUCUGCUGCCAUAGCCGGUGGGUCUGGGAGUUCUAACCCUUCCGUCAACAAAUCUCUUAAUGCCGCAAUAAUUGGUGAAACUCUUCCACGCGGUAGGGGAGUUGAUGAGAGGGCUGCUCGUGCAGCAGCUGAAGUUAGGAGGAAGGCAGCAGCAAGGGGCCUCCUAAUACGUCCACAUGGUGUUCCAGUCCAAGCUUUGCCUCCACUUACCCAGCUUCUCAAUAUCAUCAAUUCAGGUGCAACCCCAGACGCAGUUGAAAAUGGAGAAACUGAUGGAGUAAAGGAAGCCAACGGUCAUCCUGUAAAUGGUCCGGCGGAUGCCAAAAAAGAUCAAUCAACAACUGACCAGGAAGGUCAGCCUCCAGUUGGGUUGGGCAAAGGCUUAGGAGCAUUGGAUGCCAAGAAACCGAAAUCAAAAACCAAAGUUGCAUCUUGA